UCAUUCCUGAGAUCUUGCUAUCAAUCAGACAGCCCACGAGGAGUAACAAGCAGCACCAAAACUAGAGGCCCUGUAAAAAUGGCUUCCUCCUCCUCUUGCUGUCGUGUCCUUGCCACUACCACUCGCCACUUCCACCCACGGCCUCGCCCACUCCCUCCGCCGGAGCGUUACUGUUUGCGUAUCGGUGAUCGAGAUGCCUUCCCAAACCAAACCCUGAAGCUGAGGCUCAAAACUGCGGCUCACAGUUGCUGGAGAAGAAGGGUCACCGAGUCUGAAAUUGAGGUGGAAUCGACUUCAUCCUCAUCGUCCUCUGAUGUUUCGACUGAAAAAUUGGUGCUAUGGGAGUGGGGUGUGCUGGUGUCGCCGUUUUUCUUCUGGGGCACGGCUAUGGUGGCAAUGAAGCAAGUACUGCCAAAGGCGGGUCCUUUCUUCGUUUCGUCAUUUCGUCUCAUACCUGCUGGGCUGCUUAUAAUUGCAUAUGCAGCUUCCCGAGGUAGGAAGCAGCCCUCUGGAUUCUCCGCUUGGCUUUCCAUUUUUCUGUUCGCACUUGUUGAUGCUGCUUGUUUUCAGGGUUUUCUAGCUGAAGGUUUACAGAGGACAUCAGCAGGUUUGGGCAGCGUGAUAAUUGAUUCACAACCUCUAACCGUGGCUGUACUUGCAGCCUUGUUAUUUGGCGAAUCUAUUGGAUUUAUUGGAGCUGCUGGGCUUGUGCUUGGAGUCAUAGGACUUUUACUUCUUGAGGUACCUGCACUUUCUGUUGAUGGGAGUAAUUUUUCAUUAUGGGGAAGUGGGGAAUGGUGGAUGCUUCUUGCAGCUCAGAGCAUGGCAGUGGGCACAGUUAUGAUCCGCUGGGUUACCAAGUACUCAGAUCCUGUAAUGGCAACCGGAUGGCACAUGGUAAUCGGCGGGCUUCCUCUUGUGCUGAUCUCCAUUCUUAAUCACGACCCUGCUCUCAGUGGAAGUUUUAAUGAGCUUACAUCAAGUGAUCUUUUGGCUCUUCUUUAUACCUCUAUUUUUGGAAGCGCCAUCAGCUACAGUGUAUUCUUUUACUACGCAACAAGAGGUAGCCUAACUAAGCUCAGUUCUCUGACCUUCCUAACCCCAAUGUUCGCUUCAAUUUUUGGAUUCUUAUAUCUUGGUGAGACCCUCUCACCCCUGCAACUGGUUGGAGCCCUUGUGACCAUCCUUGGAAUAUACAUGGUCAACUAUCGAGAUAGCAUGGAAUGAAACUAACAGUCAAGAUGGAUGCAUAAAAAAGGUCCAGUGAUCGAGAAGAAUGCAAAAGCUGGCAGGCAGGGCCAACUCUUGACCCUCUAAGCUAGACAGGUCAAGUCCAAGCCCCUACCAUAUAUAUGCAUAUACAUUGAAGAAGAAAGAUACCUUGAAAGAAGAUUGAAACAUGGGGCUCUCAAGGAUGCUCACUACGCUGUAAGAAACUGUUACUGUAAAUAUUGAUUACUAGUCAUUGUCUCAGCUCUUGCUGAACCCUAAAGCCUUCAACUAUGGAUGAGGAAUAUGCUUUGUAUCAGUGAGAGUUGAUAGGCUAAUUGUAUCCAUGUUUUGAGAAGCAAUCAUGUUUUUGCCCACAUUCAACUAAUUAAUAUAAAAAUAUUACAUCAGCAA